AUUUUCAUUCGUUGUUCACUCUCCAUAGCGCGUUGUUCUGUUCCAUCACACAAAACCUCGGUGAGCUCCUGUCUCGAAUCAGAAAAAAUACUCCCUUUUUCUUUAUUUUACACUGACUGUUCUUUUUUUCUGAAAAAGAAUAAAAGAAAAAUAAAAACAGUGAAAAAGAAAAAUACUACGAAUCAAAUAUGGCUGACAGAAAAUACAGUAUAUGAGGAUAAAGUUUUUUAUUCGACUUCGUUCUUCCGGAUCUCAUCUCAACCUCAAGUCUCAACUUUUGUUUUAAAUUUUUAUAAAUUGUGUGUGGACAAAAUAUAAUUCAAAGCAGAUUACAUUCCCGUUGUUGAACUCAAACAAAAGUUCCUAAUAUUUGUUUAAAAUAAAAUAACAAAAAAAAACAACAAUUAUAAAAUAUUGAAAAGUUCUUGGCAUUUAGAAAACAAAAAAAAAAUAUAUAAAACAAAAAUCAGUCUCCCUUGUUUCGGAUAUUCCCUACACUUUUCUUUUUCUGUUGUAAAUUCUGUGAUUCCGGAUUCCCUUUAAGUUCUUCUUCGUCUUUUUUUCUUGGUUUUCCAUAUAAAAUUCAUUCCUACUCUCUUUUGCAAGAUUUCAUCCAUUAUCCAUACAGAAGGGUGUGCGCUGCUCUGUACUCGUACUCGCUGCUGCUGCCUGCUGCUGCUGCUUUGUGCAACGAAGAAUAAAAAUAAAAUAAAGAAAAAAUCAGGAAAAAAGUGUUAAUAAAUAAAAUUGCAUCGAUAUUUUUAAUAUAUAUAAUUUUAUAAGCGAUAAGAAGGAAGUUUUAAGUGAGAAAAUUUCAGUGAAAACAAAUUGAUAUCUUUAGAAUCAUAAAAAAAAGAAAAAAAAAUUACAUGAAACUAUCGCCCCGUGGAUUACCCCCCUCAAGGCAUCAGGAAAAAGAGGACAUCGACAAGGAAGCAAAUUAUUGCAAAAUUAAAUAUUCUUCCAAAAAACUCUCCACAUCUCCAUUGAUAAACCAAAAAUAAAUCCGUAUUCUUGAAACAAUCAACGCACUUCAUAAUUCUUCCCGUAUGCUUCAGAAACUUCAAACGAAUGUUAAAUAUUUUUGGAAAAAAUACAUAAUUUUUUCUACAAAAUAAAAGCAGCAUUUCUUCAAAAACAUUCAACGAAUAUCAUAAUAAAUUUGAUAUUGUUUUAUUUUUUUAUACAAAAUGACUGAACAAAGUAUUAUUGGGGCUCGUGCCUCGGUUAUGGUCUAUGAUGAUACCCAAAAGAAAUGGGUACCAUCGGGCUCUUCAUCUGGUCUCAGCAAAGUGCAAAUCUAUCAUCAUCAACAAAAUAACACAUUUCGUGUGGUCGGACGUAAGCUACAGGAUCACGAAGUCGUCAUUAAUUGUUCCAUACUCAAGGGAUUGAAAUACAAUCAAGCCACAGCGACAUUUCAUCAAUGGCGAGAUUCAAAAUUUGUUUAUGGUCUAAACUUUUCCAGCCAACAGGAUGCCGAAGCUUUUGCUCGUGUCAUGAUGCAUUCGCUUGAGGUGCUUAGUGGUCGUGUAGCUGCCAAUACACCAGCAAUGCCAACAAAUGGCAAUGGCUAUGAGGAGGAUAUGGGCUAUCGAACGAUGACACGUGAGGAUGCUGCAAUAUUACAACAGCAACAGAAUAUGUCGGGAAAUGUAACGCCCUCGGCCCAAACACCAACCUCACAAACAAAUCAAAACAACAUACCACAGAGCCCACCGACGCCACAGGGCCAUCACCGCACAAGCAGAAAUUCCCUUAGUGCACCACCGGCUCCACAACCACCUCCAAUGUCGAUGCCACAACAGAUUUAUGGCCAAAGUCAAAUAACUGCCAAUGGUAUCCUUCAGCAGAAUGGUAUUAUCGGAGGCGGCGGUGGUAGUGUAGGUGGUGGUGGUGGUGUAAAUUCCGGUAUGAUGCAACCGCCACAAGCGCCACCAAAUUCACAAGGCGGUAUUCCACCACAGCAGCAACAACAACAAGCCCAGCAGUCGCAACAACAACAGCAACAAUUACAAUCUAAUCAGCAACAACAACAGAAUCAAUAUCAUGCUCCCCAACAACUCGCACAACAGCACCAUCAACAUCCAGUGUAUUCAUCACAACAAAUGAUAAAUAAUUCAUACCAGCAACAGAAUCAGUAUCAGCAACCCAUCUAUGUGUCAUCUAGUUCUAAUCCAAAUCUAAAUCAUCAUCAAUACUCACAGCAGAACAUUGUCGGCGGCGGUAUGGACAGAGGAAGCUUACCCCCUCUGCCUCCCCAAAACCAACAACAGCAGCCGUCACAGCAAUCCAUGCCAAACGGUCCCAUUUAUGUUUCGUCGUCACAAAGUCAAGGCAUUCCAUCGUCGGCGAGUUCCAAUAGUGUAGUGUAUGGUAGCCAACAGCUGCAACAACAGCCGACACAGCAACUCCAGCAGGCGCCUCCACAGCCACCGCAACCUCCACAACAGCCGUCACAUCUUCCAAUGUUAGAUCCUUCAAGUGGCGGACAGUAUGGCCAGACGAAUGGGCCAAGCAUUGCCGUGACUGAAAAUCUCUACAGUCAGAUUCCAAUGGCACCACCCAUGUUGCCAUCCAUGGGUGGCGCUCACAAUGGUAUUCCUAUGCCACCACCGAUGCUGAAUCGAGCUACUGCCCCUGGUGGAGGAGCACCAGCAGCUCCUCCACCACCACCAGCAUUUGGCGGCGGGGCACCGAUGUUUAACAGCGGCAACACACAUGGAGGGCCGACUGGAGGUGGCAUCCCACCACCACCUCAACCUCCAGCCGCUCCACCUGCACCACCAAUGAUGGGUGGUGGUGGUGGGGGACCAGGUGGUCCAAGUGGACCAGGCGGUCCUGGAGCACCACCCCCACCACCACCUCCACCUAUGGGUGGCUUAAUGCAGAAGAAAGAUGACCCUGCCGCCGAUUUGAUGGGUUCCUUGGCAGCACAAUUGCAACAAGCUCGACUCAAAAAGAACAAGACUGCACCCCUACCGGCUGAGAAUAGUGGAAGCAGCACAUCAAGUGGUGGCAGUGGAAACUAUGGAACAAUUGGUCGGAGCUCCAAAGGCAUGGCUUCCAUGAUGGACGAAAUGGCCAAAACAUUGGCACGUCGAAGGGCUGUAGCUGAAAGAAAAGAGCCGGAUCCAGCAGAAGAAGCACAAAAUGCCAAACAACGGCCAUGGGAGAAAUCAAAUACUUUGCCACAUAAAUUAGGCGGUUCGAAUUCUAAUGGCAAUUCCAAUUCGGGAAAUAAUAAUUCUUCAAAUAGCGGAAGUGAAUCUCCCCGACCAAUAAGAAAACGGUUUGGCAGUGCCAGUGAAGAAACGAUACUUAAGCAAGUAAAUGGUGAAGGACUCUCGCUUGCGUUGUCAGCCGAUCUAGAUAGUUUAAAAGCUGAACUUGUUCGAGAAAUGCGAUUAGAAAUCCAAAAAGCAAAACAAGAAAUUAUAGAUGCAAUAAAAUCGGAAUUUAAUCGGAGGUAAGAGCAAUGCCCGAUUGUGAGAAGGAACAACAAAAACAAAAAACACACACACACAUACACUAAAGAAACCUAAAAUUACAAGUUUUUAUAUAAAUUUUAAAUUUAAGUUAUACAUAUUAUUAAUGAAAACCAAGCAAAACAAAAACAAAAAUGAAACAUAGUAAAACACGAAAACAAUGAACUGAAAUUAUAUUAAUUCGCUAUAAAAUAUAACAAAAUAAAAUAAAUAAAAAUUAAAUAAAACAAAUAUGUAUGUUAUUAAUUGAAAUAUAAAAUAAACACAAGAAAAAAGAAAAAAGAAAAAAAAAACAAAAAUCAAAUCAACUGUAAGGAAUACGAAUAUUGCUGUAAACAAGAAAAUUAAGAAAAAAUGAAAACUUAUUGAAAAUUUAAAA